CAGAUGAGUUUGGGGGGGCUCUGUGGGGGGGUCUCAGCCCCCCUUUUUUCCCCCUUCCUCCCCCAGGUGUCCUGGAGCCUGGAGCACCGCCACGCCCAGUCGGGCACCUACGAGGUGAAGUUCUUCGACGAGGAGUCCUACAGUGCCCUGCGCAAGGCCCAGCGGAACAACGAGGACGUGUCGCGGAUCCGGCCCCUCUUCACCGUCAACGUCGAUCACAGGGGAGCCUGGAACGGGCCCUGGGUGUCCACGGAGGUCGUGGCCGCUGCCAUCGGGCUCGUGGUUUAUUACCUGGCUUUCAGCACCAAGAGCAGCAUCCAGGCCUAAGGACCCCCCAAAAAACCCCCCAAACCCCCCCCAAAAUACCCCCCACACAACGAGGGGGUGCUCAGGGCCGGGGGGGGGGGGGGAGGGACACCCCUAAAACAGCCCCUCCCUCAAAGGCACGGCGGGGGCAGGGCUGGGAAACGACCCCAAAAAUAUGGGAAAUGAUCUCAAAAAUAUGGGAAAUGGUCCCAAAAAUGUGGGAAAUGAUCCGAAAAGUAUGGGAAAUGAUCCCAAAAGUGUGGGAAAUGGUCCCAAAAAUGUGGGGGUUCCCCCACCCCAGCUUGGGGUGUCUCCCCUCAAAGGGGGGGGGCUGCCUGGAGACCCCAAAAUUGGGGGUCUGGAGUGUGGGUGUGUCCCUCCCUUUUAUUCCUUUUUGGGGGGGUCCCACAAAUUCCCCCCCCUAUUCUGGUUGUACCCCAAUAAAAACAUGUCUUCUCCCCCCAAAAUUGGGGGUUUGGA